CAGUUGUGAUUGUAAACACGUGUGAACUCUGUUUAAUUUCACUCGUCUCUGUCUCAGAUGUGUUGACAUGCUCGCUCCUCGCUGGUUGCGUCUGUACUCUGCGUGUGUCCGUGUAGUUCACAGCAGGAGAGCAGGUGGAGGUGGUGGAGGUGGAGGAGGGUGGAGGACGCUGACAGGACGCUAUGCAGAGGUGCGGCUCUGGGGUGCAGCAGCAGCACCAGAGCGCCUCUGUCACAGCGAUCUGGGGGACUUGUACAAGAAGGAGUCUGUUCAGAGAUACCUGCAGCAGCUCGUGGAGGAGCAUGAACACCUGAGCGACAAGCUGCAGCGCGCACACCUGAGCGAGACUGACAGGAAGGUGCUCACGAGGAGGCACGCGGAGCUGCUGCCUGUUGCAAAAGUGUUUGAGAGUGUUGAGCGAGCCCUGAGAGACCUGGAGGAGGUCCAGACACUGCUGCACGGUUCAGCCGGGUCCAAAGAUGAAGACGAACAGCUGAGCCAGCUGUUGAAAGAGGAGGAAGCACAAAUGUCCCGAAAGAUUGUGACCUUAAGAAGACACCUGAUCGAAGCGCUCGUGCCCGCUGACCCCCUCGACUCCAGUAACAUUUUGCUGGAGGUCGUAUCAGGACGAACGACGGGAGGUGACAUCUGUCAGCAGUUCACCAGAGAGAUGUUCGACAUGUACCAGGGCUUUGCCUAUUACAAAAACUGGGACUUUGAGGUUUUGAACUACUCCAACGCCGAUUAUGGUGGUCUCCACCACGCGGCGGUGAGGAUAGCCGGGGAGAACGUCUACAGACACCUGAAGCAUGAAGGAGGAACACACCGGGUGCAGAGGAUCCCCGAGGUGGGCCUGUCCUCCAGGAUGCAGCGCAUCCACACGGGGACCAUGACCGUCAUCAUCCUGCCUCAGCCAGUGGAGUUCGACGUCCACGUCGAUCCGAAGGAUCUUCGCAUCGACACGUUCAAGUCUCGGGGUGCUGGAGGUCAAAGCGUCAACACGACGGACAGCGCAGUGCGCAUCGUUCAUCUUCCCACCGGGACGACAGCCGAGUGUCAGCAGAGCCGCUCUCAGCUGCAGAACAGAGACACCGCCAUGCGCAUGCUGAAGGCCCGGCUGUACCAGAGCGCGAUGGGCAAAGACACGGAGCAGAGGCACACGGCGCGGAAGCAGCAGGUGGGGACGCGCUCUCAGUCGGAGAGGAUUCGAACCUACACCUUCAGCCAGGAUCGAGUCACGGACCACCGGACGGGAUACGUCACCAGAGACAUUAAGGAGUUCAUGCGAGGAGGCGAGGCGCUCGACGACCUGAUCCGCGACGUCCUGAAGCACGCAGAGAUGGAGGCUCUCCUGGAGGUGGUGGAGAGCGCCGGGCUGAAACCGACGGUGACGUGAUGCGAGCUGAAGGUUUUAAUAUUUUAAUGCCAUCACUCCUAAAGAUGUUUUUAUUUUUGUAAUAAAAUAUUUAAAGUGUGUACUCUGUGUCACUAAAUAACAGCUUCACACCUUUAACACGAGUCACUGAAGGUUUCUAGCCACGUUAAGGCUGCACAUACCUGCUGAAGAUCAAUAUAUUUAUAUAAUUUAUGAG